CCUCCUUUCUCUCUCUCUCCUACUUUUCUCCUCAUCAUUUAUAACUACACCUCUUUCUUGUUCUUCUUCCAUAACCUAACAUCCUUUUAUCAAGCCAUAUAUGCUUCUUUCUAUCCAUAUAUCCUUAACGUAGAGAGGAACCGUUUCAUUGGUGCUUCCAUGGAGAAACCACCUAGAGCAAAGGCCACCAAAAUCUUCAGUUUCCUUUCAAAGGCAAACUCCUUCUCCAUCCCUCGCCUCCCUUCCUUCAGCCCCGGCCGCGAGAAUUCUAUGAAAUCGAAGGCGCUCCAUAACAAGGCCUUCUCAGGCCCGAUCAUAUCGAUCGUACCGGUGGAAGCUCGACGUAAGGAGAAGAACGGAGGUGGUUUGGAUGUAGAGCCGACCUCCCCGAGGGUCUCAUGCAUGGGCCAAGUCAAGCACAAGAAAGCUUGCCGCCCGAAGCGGUCCUCGCCGCCACGAGUACAGGAGAGGAAGCCGGCUUUUAUCAUUCGCGAGAUAUUUCGACGCAAGGUGAGGCCAGGCCGGAGAAUGGAUGCCGCGGAGAGCAGCGAGGGGAGGCCGGCAGUGGUUGGUAGAGCGCCAUCGUUAGGCCAGAUGAAGCGGUUCACAAGCAGGCGGGAGACGUUACGUGAUUUCGAUUGGAGGAAGGUGGAGAGAAAGCAGGAGGCAGCUACCGGGGAUCCAGAGAAGUGUUCUUGCUCCGACGAAGAGAGUGAUGAGGAGCAUGAUAUGGCCAUUUACCACUCUGCACCAAUUACAGUGGGUGGUGGAAUGGCGGCUGUGGAUCCUAGGAAGGAGGUGAACCUUUGGAAGAGAAGGACCUUGGCUCCACCUGUUCCUCUUCAAUUGAAAUGAAGGUUUCCGUUCCUUCACUUUGAUACUUUGUUGCUGUCCAUGUUUGAAUCUUUCAUAAGGUGGGAUAGAGAUGUAAUCAAAGUGCAUGCAAUCUUUCCAGAA